CUCUUGUAUAACUUGACCCAGUGUUGUGGUUACCUGUCUUUCUCACUCAUCUACCUGUGGCUCCAGGGACAUCAUGGGCCCGGCACUUAUCCAGGGGGCCAGCAGGGGUCUGGGGCUACAGUUCUGCCGUGCCCUGGCCAGCCGAGGUACGACUGUGAUUGCUUGCUGUAGAGACCCCAGUAAGGCAGGUGAUCUCAGGAGCCUACAGUCCGAUCACCCAAGCCUAGUUGACAUAGUUCAGCUUGACGUGUCCAGCGAGGGGGCGGUCGAGGAGGCGGCCCAGCAUGUUAAGAGCUCCCACGGCAAGGCUCUGGACCUCCUUAUCAACUGUAGUGCAAUGCUGAGUCCGUCGGGGAGGGGAGAGACAAGCCUGAAGGAUGUGUCAAUGAAGGCCUUGCAGGAAACAUUCACCGUCAACGCCUUCGGGCCCCUGGUGAUGGCUAAGCACUUUGGUCCGCUUCUACUGGCCGGCGAGGGGAGCGUGGGAAGGCAGGGCAGCGAGGGGAAGAAGAAACACACAUCUGUGGUGGUUAAUAUGUCCGCCAGAGUGGGGUCCAUUGCAGACAACAAGCUUGGAGGUUGGUACAGCUAUCGUAUGUCCAAGGCAGCCCUCAACAUGGCAACUCGUAACCUGAGCAUCGAGCUGGGCCGAGGCAGGAACAAGGUCAUAUGUGUGGCCAUGCACCCUGGCACGGUGGACACAGACCUCUCUCGGCCAUACCACAAGAACGUGCCGAAAGGGAAGCUUUUCUCUAAGGAUCAGUCGGUCGGCUACCUCCUCGGGAUCAUUGACGGUCUCUCGCUGGAGGACUCGGGGAAGUACAUAGGCUGGGAUGGCGUUGAGAUACCCUUCUGAGUGUGUGUAGGGGUCUUUUUUUUUUAUUAUUUAUAGCAAGAGGCUGGAGUCAUGGGCCCAAUAGGAAAUAAUACAGAAUUAGUGAAUGUUAGCUUAUAGGCUCAUCCACGGACUUCCCUUAACACUCACAUUGUCACUGCCAUAACUAUCUUUUUUUAACGCCAAGAGAGAGUCAUGGGCCCAACAGGAAAUAACAUAGAAUUAGUGAAUGUUAGCUUAUAGGCUCAUCCACGGACUUCCCUUAACACUCACAUUGUCACUGCCAUAACUAUCUUUUUUAAUGCCAACAGAGGGAGUCAUGGGCCCAACAAAACCAGCAAAAAAUAAAACAGCACUAGUGAUUGUUAGCUUAUAGAUUCUUCAUUGGACUUCCCGUAACACUCAAAUCGUCACGGCCAUCAUCACACACACUUUUGUCCUGCUCAGAGGCGUAGAAUGGCGUCGAAAUACCCUUCUAACUAGGGGGGAGGAGGGCGGAAGCGGGCAGAUUGUACAGGAGAGCCUCCAUAUACCGCAUUUCCUGUAAAGUUUUCCUUAUAAUGCACCCUUGAACUGACUCCUUCACGGGGUUGGGUCCAAGUAUAUGUACUUGGACUUAAGUACAGAUUUUCAUGUACUACUUGUACUUAGACCCAAAGUACUUGAAAAAUACCAAGUACAUUCAACUACAAACAAGUACAAUGUAUUUAAUCAAAAGUUAUAUACUGUAUAUAGAUUCUAGUGAACUUUGUGAUGAUACUAUUGGGUAAAUACGUACAUUGAGUGUUAUGAUAUUGUAGUGUAAUAUUAUUAUGUCUCAUUAAUGUGUAUAUACGAAAACUACUAACCUUCGUGCUUUACAAACCUGUGACAGGAAUUUUGUUAUCACAUAAAGUACUUGUAUUUAAGUACAAUGACAUGUACUUGGACUUGGCCCCAACCCUGCGAGUCCUUCACAAAAACAAUAGGUAAAGUUGGGGCAAACACUAUAGCUGUGCGUGGCCACGGUGCUCAUCUCUGUCCCCUUGGCCCUCUGACCCUGUGGUGGAGAUGCAGUGCUGACUUGCCUGAGCACCCUCAUCCCAGCACAGGGCCAAUGUGACAUACAGGUUACCACAGUUUACCUUCCUCAGGUUUCCUCAGGACCUAUUUAUUGACCAGCCUGAAAGGGAGGAUGAACUAGGUGGAUUAUAACCUGGGCGUGAAGAUUCAUAGUCAGGGGCGCUUAUCACUGCACCAAGGAGGAGGAAAGGGCAAAAGAGUGAUCUGGAUAGUUAGUCUCAGGGAUACUUUCUUUGAUUUCCUUUUGUCGACAAGGAUUUCAGUGUUCGUUUUCCAGUGUUAUUUUAGCGUAGAAUGUGAAAGGUAAAUGAGAGGGCUGGUAAUUCUUUCGUCGACAGGAAUUUUAGUUUUCUUUAUGUGACGUUAGUUUAGCGUAGAAUGAGAAGGAGAACGAGAGGAAGAAGAAAUAAAAGGAAGAGAAAUAAUAAAAGGAAAAAAAAGGGAGAGAAUGAGAGGAGGAGGAGGAGGGGGAGGAGGAGGAAAAAUGGUCCAGUAUUGUCUGUAUAAAUAUGAUGAAUGGAUAUGAUGGAUUACUAAAAGGAGGAGGAGGAGGAGGAGGAAGACUAGGAGGAGGUUGAGGAGUUGGAAAGGAAGUGUAUAGAAGAUAAAAAAAAAAAAGGAGGAGAAGAACGUCAAUGAAGCUGAAAAUUUAAAUCAUUUCUUAUUUUUUUGGUCAACAGGAAUUUUAGCGUUCUUGUUCUCAUGUUAUUUUAGCGUAGAAUGGAAAGGUGAAUGAGACGACAGGUAAUUCUUUGCUCAGGUAUUUCUUGCUGUGUGUAGAAAUGUGUAGAUAAUUGUUUAUAAAGAAUGACACAAU